AUGCCUACCGAGCAAACCUCCCUUCUCUCCAGCCCGAGCGAGACCAACAUCGCCAGCAAUGCGAAGGGCUCUUUCCUGGCAGAAUUUCUUCGACUACUGAAGGACUCCGUCCCGGUGAUUCUGGCAUACACGCUGCAAAACAGCCUACAGACCACCUCCGUGCUGAUCGUGGGACGUUCCUCCCCCGAGAAUCUGGCGACAACGGCCUUCUCGCUAAUGUUUGCCAUGAUCACGGGGUGGAUGAUUGCGUUGGGCGGCACGACUGCGCUGGACACGCUGGCGUCGGCGACGUUUACGGGCAGCGCGAAUAAGCAUAAUCUGGGGAUCUUGCUGCAACGGGGAUUUCUUGUUCUGGGUCUGUUCUAUGUUCCGGUUGCGAUUCUGUGGGCGUUCUCCGAGCCGGUAUUUCUUCUGCUGGGCCAGGAUCCCCGGCUUUCGAGGGACAGUGCGCGCUUUCUCACCUAUCUGAUCCCGGGGGGGUUGGGGUAUAUUUACUUCGAGGUUAUGAAGAAGUAUUUGCAGGCUCAGGGAAUCAUGCGCCCGGGGACGUAUGUCCUGCUGAUAACGGCGCCGCUUAAUGCGCUGCUCAACUAUCUCUUCUGUUACCCGCUUCACAUGGGAUUGCUGGGUGCGCCAAUUGCAACGGGCAUUUCCUACUGGCUGUCUUUUGUGCUGCUUGUCUUGUAUGCCCGGUUUGUGGCGGGCUCCGAGUGCUGGGGUGGCUGGUCGCGCGAGUCGUUCCAGAACCUUGGAACAUUUGCCCGCCUGGCUUUUCUGGGUGUGGUGCACGUAGGCUCGGAGUGGUGGGCAUUUGAGAUUGUGGCUCUUGCGGCCGGCAGGUUGGGAACUAUUCCGCUCGCCGCACAGAGCGUCAUCAUGACCGCUGACCAGGUCCUUAACACCAUCCCCUUUGGCGUGGGGGUUGCCACGUCGGCGCGCGUGGGAAAUCUUUUAGGAGCUCGUGAUGCGUCGGGUGCAGCGAGAGCAGCUAAUACGGCUGCCUGGCUGAGUAUGGUGCUGGGAGGGGUCGUGUUGACUGUGCUGAUGGGGACUCGGCACGAGUUUGCAAAGAUAUUCAACUCCGACGAGAGAGUGGUCCGGCUUACGGCGGAGGUCCUGCCGUGGGUGGCGCUGUUCCAGAUUGCGGAUGGAUUGAAUGGGAGCUGCGGUGGGAGUCUGCGAGGCAUGGGACGGCAGCACGUCGGCGCGCUGGUCAACCUGGUUAGUUACUACUGCGGCGCGCUCCCUCUGGGGAUCUGGAUGGCCUUCCAUGGAUGGGGGCUGAAGGGCUUGUGGGUGGGACAGUGCAUUGCGCUCUAUCUGGUGGGGGCGUUGGAGUGGACGAUUGUAGCCGGGAGUGACUGGAAAAAGGAGGUCGAUAAGGCUUUUCUGCGGAUGGACGUCCAUGAUCGAUUGGAGGACGGUGUUGUGGAUGGUGCCACGACAGCUGUGUAA